AGCGCUUCCGGUUUUCGUAGUAAACACGUCUGGGAGACAUGGUGUGAGGGAUGCCGCCUGUUCACCGCUCCAGGAGCCGCAGCUCCAGCUCGUCUCCCCGUAAGAGGCGACAUGGAAGCCCCGAUUGGUCUCCGGAUAAGAAAGGCCGGAGAUCCAGGUCCCGGGAGCGGGCUGUUUCCAACGGGCACCGCCGCAGCCGCUCCAGGGACCGAGCCUCGUCUGGGAGACCCCAUCACGGCAAGCAAUGGGGGGACUACUACGAGAAGGGCAAGGAGGAGAUCCUGAGACAGAGACAGGAAGCAUUCAUAGCCAGGUACGGGGAUUGUACAGCGCUACGCAGUCUGAUGGCGCCAUAUAAAUAAUACAAUAAUAAUAAUAGCUUAUUGUGCAGUGUUUGAUUACCCAGGAAGGCUCUCAGGUUCCAUAUAUACUGUGUGCGUGUGUGUGUAUAUUAACCGGAUAUAUCCAUGGCAGCACUACAGGUGGGUAUAGCUUUGCCCUCUUCCAAACUGGACAGGGGCACCUCCUAAUUAAAACAAUAAAAGAGAGACGCCUACUCCUACCCCUCAUCCUUUUUUUCCUGUCCCACUUCGCUUUGGGCACAGGAUGCUUUGCACCUCCUUUUUCGUUUGUGACUUACUUGGGUCAUCCAUACCCCGUAUCCCUUGGGAAGUUCAGCUUCUCUUCCCGUGGAAGCCUCAGGAUACGGCGCCUCACCAAGGGCAACCCCGUGGAAGAGUCUCCCCUUUAGCGACUGGGAAUAAUAUGUACUUACCACUGCAUUAUUCUGCAGUAACCAGACAGGUAGCCGCUGUAUGUGCCAGACCCACUACCGUGGUAAUGUCCCUUCUAUGAGUACACCUGCUAAAUCUCGGAUAUUUGGGUUCUUGGCUUUCCCUUCAUAGGUGAUGAUUCCCUACACGGGUACACGUACCUGGACGUAUCAUGUAAAGCCAGGUAUUGGUCCCUUAGGGGAUGAAGCAAUGAAGGCUGGUCUGGGGAUCCUGUUUACUAUCUCAGGUAAGGUUGUAGUAGGCUUAUUAAGGUUCUCCCUGUGUGAUCUCUUUACUUGCCUUGUUACUGCGUAGUCUGGGGUUUGUGUAUGCUUUCCGGUGGUGGAACGCAAGCUGGAACGUGCACGUAAUGAUGCGCAGAAGCUAGCGCGUCAUUUCUGUUUACGGUUUUCCAGUCCUUGGUGGAACACAAAUUUGAAUGCAAUAACGGCUCUAUUUUGUGCGGUCCUAGUCUCACCAGGAUCCUGGCAAAAAUAUUUGGCUUCUUGAGUUUGUUUCUGUUGUUGUGGUUCGGUAUUGUCUUCAUUUUCUUUUUGCUGCAGGUUAGUUGAUUUCCUCUUGUUUCUCUUUUAAUCCACUUAAGUUUGGAUAGAGGUUUUUAGCUAGAAAUAUUUUUUUCUAGUUGCCCGAUCUCAUGGCGUCACAAGGCCACUCAUCCACAAAUAGGUCACAUUCUCUAGGUUCUGAGUAAUUCACUGGUAUUUUAUUUUCUAGUUAUAUUCAUACAGUUGAGUAUUUAAAGGCAGGGCGCAUUCCUCCUAUCCUAAUAUGGAUUCUCAGUUCUGCUCAUAGAUCCGCCUACAAGAAAAAGGACAAGACUCCUUUAUGUGACGCAUGUGAUCAUAAGGCUAUUCCAGGGAAGAGGCUCUGCAUAUCCUGUUUAAACGCAGCGGCAGGUCAUAAAGAAUCGGAUCCUGAUGUUUUAGCCUAUAUCCGUCAAGCUGUUACGGAGGGUCUACAACAAGCAGAAAAAAUAACUAGGAAGAGACACAGAUCUGUCAGUCCUGAAUGGAACCCAGAUUUGAAUGCGGAAAUGCCUCCAGUAUAUGGUAUGGAGGAAUGUUCAUCUUUCGAGGAAGAUACGCCUUCUGAUCCAGCUUUCAUGCAUAGUAAGAAAAUCAAAGCUCUUAUUAAGGCAGUUCAGAACAUCCUUGAUCCUCUAGCAAACAUUUUGAAGGCAUGAGGAAAAAGAACCCGACUUUUCCAUUUCACGGAACUAUUGACCUGAUUAAUGAGGAAUGGAGGAAGACUGAGGGAAAAAAAGUCUCCUUGCAAGGCCGGCUUUCUAAACUCUAUCCAUUUAAGCCUAGUGAUUGUGCUUCUUGGGACUCAGCUCCCAAAGUUGAUGCAGCCAUUAUUUGUCUGGUCAAGAAGACCACCUUACCAAUUGACGAUGCAGGAUCACUUAGAGAUCCAAUGGAUUCCAACUUGUGUAAAGCCUAUGUUUCCUCUGGUUCUGGGCUUUGUCCUGCUGUGGCCUUGACAUCUGUUUCUUAAAGCAAUGGUUGGAAGACCUCAAGGAGAAUAUUUCCCUUGGGGUCAGCAGAUCUAGAAUUUUGGAUUGGCCAUUGAAUUUACUUCUGACGCUUCUAUUGAUUUAAUCAGAUCCCUGUCUAGAAGCAUGGUCUUGUCGGUAGCCUCAAGAUGAGCAUUGUGGCUCAGAAAUUGGUUUGCGGAUUCCCCUUCUAAGAAUAGGUUGUGUGCCCUUCCCUAUCAAGGGGAUAUGCUUUUUGGAAAACAUUUGGAUGAAUAAAUCAAAAGGGCAGUGGAAGGGCGGAAAGCUUUUCUUCCUCAAGAAAGAAGGCAAAAAAAGAUAAUUUUCACAAGACAGACGCUCCUUUCGUGAUAAGGAUUAUAGACGCUACAGACCAGGGACGGAAUUUUCCAGAUUCCAAUCAUGGAAGGGUGGUUUCUCCUUCUCCAGAAAUUCUCGUGGUAGUACAAGGCAGUCUAAACAAUUCUGAUGGGGCUUCAGUCCGGGGGAGUGGGAGCAAGACUUCUGGACUUCUUCGAGAUCUGGGCUCGCAAUAUUCCAGACAAAUGGGUCUUAAAAAUUGUAAGUACAUGAUAUUUUCUGGACUUCUCCUCCAUUCCUUUCCCUCAAUUCUUGCAAACCAGAGUGCCUCAAGAUCCAGUAAAGGCAAAAGCACUCCAUUCAUUUGUGACCCCUCUCCUAGCAGACGGAGUCAUUUGUCAAAUUCCUUCAGGAAAAAAAAGAUUGGGGUAUUACUCGAGGCUUUUUCUAACUUCGAAAGCAUCUGGAGAAUGGAGGCCAAUUUUAGACCUUCACAAUCUCAACGAAGGAUGUUUGUCAAAAAAAAUCAAAACGGAAUCUGUCAGUUCCAUCAUCACAGUGGUCUCUCCAGGGGAUUGGAUGAUCUUUGGGAUGCCUACUUUCAUGUACCGAUCGCCAUUCCUCACCAGAAAUUCCUCAGAUUUACAGUAAGUCAGCAGCAUUACCAAUUCUGGGUUCUUCCAUUCGGCCUAAGCACUGCUCCCAGAACCUUCUCAAAGAUUCUAAUUUCCAUGAUCAUAUUCAUUUUGAUGGCAUCACUAGUCUGUUCCAGCAAGAGAAGUCAUGAGCCUCUUAGGGAGUCUUUCAUCGACAAUAAGGCUUACGAGAUGGGCACAGUGGCACAUGAGAAUUUCUCAAAUAGUUCUUAUACCAAUAUUCGAACAAGGACUUGAAUCAGCCUAUUCUUAUUUCAGACAAAGUCAAGAAAGCGCUGUUAUGGUGGCUGACCAAUCAAAACAUUUGGGAUCAAUCCCUUGGAUGAUGUUAACCACAGAUGCCUGUCAGCCAGGUUGGGGGGGGGCACACUUGGGUUCCCAACACAUCGAGGGUUUAUGGAAAAGCAGAUUAAACACCAAUCUUCGAACAUCCUGGAAUUGCGAGCUGUAUUCCAAGCUCUUUUCCGGUUUCCCUCCAUGAGACAUCAAUGGUUAAAGGUGAGAAUAGACAAUACCUCAGCAGUAGCCUAUCUCAACCACCAAGGAGGGACGAAAAACAGGGAUCUAAUGGCAAUUAUUCUCCCUCUUAUGACUUGGGCAGAAACAAAUCUGAAGGCCAUCAGCCGACCCUUUGGCGGAAGACAGUGAUGCCUUAUGCUGUGAGUAGAAGUUCCAUCUGGGGUAUGCUUUUCCCCCAAUACCCCUCAUUUUUCUUCUGUUGGAAAGAAUCCAACAAGAACCUGUGACCAUUCUAGCAAUAAUUCCAUAUUGGCCCAGACAAGCAUGGUUUCCUCUGCUUCAGAAAUUAUCCCAGGAUCUCUCUCUAGAUCUGUCAUUUCAACACCAGUUACUACUCCACGGUCCAGUCUUUCAUCCUGCACCCCAGACUUUUUAGUUGAUGGCAUGGAAGUUGAGAAGCAAAUACUCUUAAAGAAAGGCCUUUCAGUAUCGGUUGUUGAUACUUUGCUUUAAAAAAGAGAUCAACAUCCUUGGCAUAUUACCGUAUUUGGAGUAUUUUCUGCGACUUGUGUCAUAUUCAUAAAAUUUCUCCUCAGCUUCCAGGUAUAAGCAAGUUCCUUCAGGAAAGAUUUGAUAAAGGCCUUAGUCUUAGCACUGACAGUUUUUUUUUCCCCACAGCUGUCGCUAGCAGUGGCUGGGGGAAAUGACAAAACAUGAUGGCAGUAGCUCAAUCUCAUGUCAAGUGGAGGACAAAUACAUACAAAAGAGUAGUCCCUACUUUGUCUUGUGUAUUUUAGGAGAAAGAGAUAUAAAGCCGAGAAAAGAACAACGGAGUAGGAGUGCGGAAGAAAAUAGUAAUAGAUUGAAGAAAGAAAGUUUUGGGUGACAGUUGCUUUAAUCUUGUUGAACAAUUUACUUGCAUAUCCAGGAAAAAUAAUCCUGGAAACAAUUCUUUUUGCUAGUACUUGUUUUUUGUAGAAAAUAGAAACGUGGCUAUAUACAGACCAAAUAGUAACGAACAGAUAAAAUGAUAAAAUACUUUAUGCAGCUGUAAGGGGGAUGGAAGAGGCGCAACAAAAAAUAUGCAAAAAGGUUAUGGAAACACUAACGCAUUUUGUGUCUUUAAACCGACACUUCCUCAACACAAGUGAACUGAACCUUGUAAUAUACAAAUGGACAUCUUAUAAUGACAUUUUCUGUAAUACAUUUCACAGUUCAAAUCCUACUCAAAUAUCUAAAUGUGAAACUCCAAAGGACCAUAUACCCUAAUUGUGUUGUAAGAAGACAGAUGAAUGUAAUUUAAAUAUAUAGAAUAUUCUAGAAUAUCUUAGCAUUAGUAUCUACACCAUCAGUCCUAUAACUGUUCCAUGUCAACUCUGUGAACCAUUAAUUCCUAGUGUAUGCCUCUUCCCAAAUUGCAUGUAUUUGUCCCUCUAAUUUUUUUCUGUUUUAGAGCCUCAGUCUUUUUCACACAAGCAAGUAACAUCACACACUCUAAUUGACACGUACAUUUCUCACUUUUGGAUAUCCUAUUACAUGUAAGGUUUUGUUUUUUAAGCAGACUUCUCUUGCUUGAAAUCUGGUUUUAUGUACAUUGUAUAUUUUGGCAUACUGCUUUCACCUCUGUUGCAUAUUAAUUUUAGUCAGUAAUUUGACAACAUAGACAAUCUUGGGAGAAAAGAUCGAUUGUUUUUUAUUUAUACAUUUAUUUUUGUGUUUUUUUUGUUUCUUUAAAUAACGCUCUUUUAUUCUAAUUCAGACGACUGAAUGAAAGGGAACGGAUUGGAGAGCUUGGAGCUCCUGAAAUCUGGGGUCUGUCUCCAAAAGUUCCUGAACCUGAGUAAGCCUCUCUUCUCAAUUAUGUAUAGUAUCAUAUCAUCAUUAUGGUCAAAAUAUGAAAGUUUACAGCUUUUUUUCUUAUUGCUUUAUCAGCUCAGAUGAACACACUCCUGUGGAAGAGGAGGAAAAGUCAAAAAAGAGUAGCAGUUCAGAGUCUUCAUCAGCAGGUAAUAUUGAUUAUUAUGUGGAUUUUUCGGUAAACAAACUCUUGACAUGCCACAACCUUUCUGUCAUUGAAAAAUAACCUGUGCAUGGAAAUGAAGGUAAAUAUUCAUGUAGUCUGUACAUCAUGCUUAAAUUGUCUUGUAUUGGUCAGUCCUACUUCUUUUGAGUAUACAUUUGCACCACUAUUUAAUGUGUAGUAAACAAUGAGGAAUUCUUUGUUUUACAGAAGAAAAGAAGAAAAAAAAGAAGAAAAAGAAAAAGUCGAGUAAAAAGAAACACAGAAAGCACUCAGAAGACAGUGAUAGCAACUCUGAUUCAGAAAGCAGUGGUAAAUACUUACUACUUACACUGUAAACAUUGACAUUACAUUUCUGUUCCCAGACAAAAGAUUAACAAGCAACUCUCACCAUAUUUUGGCAUCUAUUCUCAGUUGGUUUGAUGCGGUAAACAAUGUUGAAGUAUUUUCUAUGGUGUAUUGUCCAGCAAUAUUAGAUCUACAUUAGAUCCCUCCUCCCCCCAAGAAAUCAUGCAAAUAGAAUUACAAGUAGGUUUUCUUUGGAGAUAUAUCUACUAAAUGUAUUUUUUUUUAUUUUUUUUAAUGUAAUAUUUAUUUUAAUUUGCGGUAAGUGCUAAGUUAAUAGACACAGUUAUUGUUUUGUCAGUGUCCAAAGCACCAACAGUUUGUUUUUUAAAUGAGUGUGGACCACAUUUAAAUUUCAGGAUUCAAUAUCCACUGUAAUCUCUAUAAAAGACUAAAGAGGAUCAAAUCAUAUAUAUAUAUAUAUAUAUUUUGUCAAUCUGUUUUUAUUAAAUGAUAUACAGAGAUUAUUCAGCCAUGUUUGCAAAAGUAGUAUUACAUAGCAGCCAGUGGUAUGUAUAAGAUUAUACAGCCAUUCUUGAGAGCAUCGCGUAGAUAAAGUCGCCUUAAUGGCUCAACCUGUAUUAAAAAUUAUAGUAGAAAUAGUCUGAGAGGUAAUCUUAAAGGUAUCGGUGUUAAGGACAUUUCCCAACCCAUCAAUAUAAUCUGAUAUCACUUAUUGUGUCUUCAAAGUAUGGAGAGCGUGGAAGGCAGCUAGUACUUUCUUAAAAUAAAGGUAUUUAAGAGGAGUUGCAGAAGACACUAAAUCUGCUGUUAAACUGUCAGAAAACGACGAGGGCAUACUUUCUGGUAAAAAAUAAACCAAUAUAUUGUGCGAAUACUAAUUGCAAAUAGCAGACCCUUCAUUAAGAAUGAAGGCAGAAACUUUGAGGAAGCUUGAGCAGUCAGCUAAUGCUUUGCCAAAAUACUUGGACCCGAGGCUCACAUGGGAGACAGAAGAAGAACCACCUGGCAAAAGCACUACGUCAGACAGUUCCAGAUUAUCCUGCAAUGUAGAACUGUACCCCAGCAACAGCUGCUACAGAGGGCUAGUAAGCAUGCUGCUGUCCAAGCAAUGCCAAAGUCGUCCUCUCCUCCUAUGGUUGGUGUGAGAGCAUCUGGGGUACACAGGGUAUCCUGUUAUGAAGGCCAUCGUGUGGAAUAGAAUUGGAGCCAUGGCUUCCUCCCAGCAACCAGUCGCGUAUGCACAUUCAGCCCAGGAGGAGGAGAAUCCCCCACCCGGCGCUGGAGAAAGAGGUAAGUUUAACCCCUUCCACCCCCUAGAGCCGGCCAGGAGGGGGACCCUGAGGGUGAGGGCACUAUAGUGCCAGGAAAACAAGUAUGUUUUCUUGGCACUAUUGUGUUCCUUUAACUGCCAUUAAAGAGGGUGAGAAAUGCAUUCCAUUCACAUGUACCCCGGAGAAUGCAUGGAGACAGCAGUGUCUUUAAAGAUGCAAAUCAAGACAGAUCAUACGUUUCAUGGAAAGUUUUAGGCAAUUUAUUGUAGCUUCUUAUUUUUUGUUCGAGGCAUUUUGUUAUUACACUUAUUAAAGCAAUGGUUGUGAUUCUUUGUUUUCCGUUGGCAUUUUAUAAAUAUUUCUGUCAUAUAAUCUACUUAACGAGAAGAUUGCUCUAAACCCCUUUUUGUUUUUUAUAGAAGAAGACAAAAAGAAAUCAAAGAAAAAAAAGAGAAAGCAAAAAAAGUAAGAUUUAUUAUUAUUUGAGCUUUAUAUAUAAAAGGGUCCCUGGA